AUGGCAUUCAAAGGAGCAUGGCAUCGUGGUGAUGGUAGUGGUGGUGCUGGAGGUGCUUCAGGUGAUCGACGUUAUCCAUCUUCAACAGAUCCAUUUACAUCAUUUGUUUUACCACCACAAGGUGCACCUGGAAAUCAAAUGGGUUUAGCACCAAUGAAUUAUCAAACAAAUCCUAAUGCAAUGUAUUCAGUAAUGAAUACAGGACCAGCAAUGAUAGCAUCAACAAAUUAUUCAUCAGCAAGUAAAAGUCUGCCAUAUACUGGUACUGUAUCAAAUAUGUUUCGUGAUUAUGGCGUUAUUGAUAACGAAAUAUCAUUUAAAUUAAAUACGGUAUCUGGUCCGUUACCACGUGUCGGUGAUCAUGUUGUAUGUCAAAUGAAACCAGCUGAAGGUUUUGCUACUCAAACCCCGUAUAAAUAUUAUGGUUUUGAUGUUCGAGUAGUUCAAACACCUGCUGAUACAAGACGACCACAACGACCAACUGGUGGACCACAACAAAUGUCACGUAAUUCUGAUACAUUUAUAAAUCGUAAUCAAAAUCAAAAUCGAAAUCAAUCAUCAAAUAUGAAACGACCUUUACCAACAAAUAAUAAUAAUAACAAUAAUAAUAAUAAUAAUAAUAUUGAUCAUCAUCAUCAUCAAUAUACUAAUAACAAUCGUGAUCGUCAUGGUCCAAUAAAUAAUGGUUCAAAUAAUAAUAAUAAUAAUGAUCGCCAUCGUUCGGAUUCAACAAGACGUAGUCAUUCACGUACUAAUAAAAUGUUAACACCUAAACGUACUUCUCGUGCACCACCACCAAAAUAUACUUGUACAUUACCAAAAGCAUCACUAGAUUGUUCUGAAUUAAAUGUAACUCAAAUUCGUUCACGUUAUUCACGUUUACAUAUACCAUCGGAUUUCUAUCAUGCAUCAUAUACAUGGCAUCAAUCUGUACCUAUUGAACAUCCAAUGAAAUUUAUAACUCCAUGUUCAUUUCAUAUAUUUAAUAAAAAUGUUCCACGUUUAUUUACUGAUAAUGUUUCAAUUCUUGAUCCACCAGAUGCUGAUUAUACAUGGAAUGUUCGAGUUAUGUUAAUGUCAUCACCCGAUAUUCAAACAUUAAUAUCUCGAUCAUGUCUAAUUAAUCAUGAUAAAACUUCUUCAACAAUCAAUCCAGAUGAUUUAGAAUAUCCAACAAAAUUAAUCAAAUUUCUUGUUGGUGUUCGUUAUCAAAAUGAAUAUUUUCCAUUAGGUGGUUCAUGGUCGGAAUCACUUGAUGGUUCAAAUCCUGGAACUGAUCCACAAGUACUUAUUCGUACAGCUAUUCGUUGUGUUAAUGCCCAAGCUGGUAUUGAUUUAAGCAAAUGUAUUCAAUGGUGCCGUUACCUGGAGGUGCGCUAUCAUCGUCCAGAAGAAAUACACAAGGGCCGUUUGAUUGAGAGUCGUGUUGAAAAUAUCAUCGUUUUCCUGCCGGAUAUUGCUGCUGCCUGCAUGCCAUCAAGCCUCGACUGGGAAGAAACAAUAUCAAUGUACAAACAAUCAUGUGAUGAAGAAAUUGCUGAAGAACUCAAUGAAGCCAAUAUACCCGAUGAUAAUAUCGAAACACGUGGUGCAACUCAUCAUUCAACUAUUAAUAUUGAAAAUCUUCGUGUCAUUGAUCUUAAAACGGAAUUAAAAGUACGUGGACAACCAACCACUGGAAUAAAAGCUGACUUGAAAAAACGUUUAGCUAAAAUCAUUCUACAAGAAAAAAUUGAUGAAGAAAAAGUUGAAGAACCACCAACUGAUACUACUAACGUAGAACAACAAUCUUCUACAGUUCCUGCUGAAACUGUUUCAACUACAACUAAACCCGAUAUUAAAGAACAUACACAAGCUGAUAUUGAUAAAUUACGUAAAGAUAUCGAAACGAAAUAUCAACUUCCAUCACAUCGUUCAAUACUUGUUCAUCCAACAAUAGCUAAAGGCGAUAAAUUCGAUUGUCGUAUCGUCUCUCUUCAUUAUCUUCUCAACUAUGCAAAUAAAGAUACAAUCAAAGAAAAAUGUUUUGAAUUAUAUCUUUUUUCGGAAGCUUUUUAUGAAAUGCUUAUGCGCGAUUAUUCUUAUCAUAUUUAUCGAUCUUUAUACAGUUGUUUGGAAGUAACUGAUACAAGUGUUGAACCUCAAGCAACUAUUACUGAACCAAGUACUGAACAAGAAACAGCAAGUGAAAAUAAAGAAGAACAAACUGAAGCAAUGAUUACAAGUAGUAAUGAUGAUAAUCUUCCCGGUCUUGAUUUAAAUACGGAAGAAAAUGAAAAAAAACGAAAACGAACACCAAGUCAAGAUGAUUCAUCUUCACAAAAUAAAAAAUCUACACAAGAAGAAACAACUGAAAAAAGUUCAGAUGAUAAUUCAAAAACAUCAACAACAGUUGUACAAACUCGUCAACGUACAAUUCAUCCAGAAUUAUUACUUGCAUUUACAUUUUUCGAUCGAAAUCGUUGUGGUUAUCUAACUGAAAAAGAUCUAGAAGAAAUUCUUCUAUUAUCAGGUUUAUCAUUAACAAAAAAUGAAGCAAAAAUGUUAGUUAGUCGUAUAGCUCAUAAUGAAAAAGUUCAAUAUCAUAAAUUAACUGAUAAAGCUCUACCAGCUGAUGAUAAUGUUCAUACAAAUCCAAUUGAAAUAAAUGAAACUGAUAUUGACACACUUGCACCAAAAGGAAAUUUACUUCUUUUACCACACAAUAUGUCUGUAUUUGGUGUACGUUCAUCGACAACAAAUGAUGGCAAUCAAUUAGUUACUUCAGUUGAUAAUCAACGUGCAAUGAAACAAUUAGAAAUGUCGAAUAAAAUUCAAACAGGACUUGAAUUAAAAAUUGAUACAUUGAAAAAAGAAAUUAAUAAAUUAACUGAUGAAUUACAUUCAACACAGAAAAGUAAUCGUUCCUAUACUGAUCAAUUAUCUGAUACAAAGAAACGUUUACGUGAUACUCAACAUGAUCUUAAAGAACUUGAAGAUAAAUAUAAACGUUAUUCCGAUGCACUUUAUCGUGUUCGAAGUGAAACACGUACAACAUUUGAUCAUGUAACACAUAUACUUGGUAUUAAAGAAAAACAACCAUCACAAACACGUAAAUCUGAAGAUGAUCCAAAGAAAAAAACUACGAAUGAAUCAGAGAAAUCAAAACAAACAGAUAAACCGGUUGAACAAGAACAGACAGUUAAAUCCGAAGAAAAUCCUCCAUCAGAAACAAUUGAAACUGAACAACAAUAA